CCAACUUAUACUACCAAAGAACAAUCCCAAGUCCCAACCAAUCACGGAUUCAUCUCGCUGCCGACCAAAAUUACCCCACCACAGGGCGAUUCAAUCAUUGUAUAACCGGCGGCGACGGCGACGGCGGCGGCCAGAGAGGCUGGUGGGGAUAAGCGGAGGAUCUGACCCGACUGGCGACGGGACCCCUGUUUUUUUUUUUUUUUUGAAAAUCCAUCCAUUAUAAAAUCUACGCGGGUCUCACCACGCACACUUGAGAGCCCUUUUCCCUUUCAGUCUAUCUUCUUUUAAAUUCCCGUUCUUUCUCUCUCUGUACCUCUGUCUUCCCCUCUCCUCUCGCUCCCUGGUUCUUUCUUUUCCUUUUUUUUUUCCGAAAACGCAAAAAAUAACCAGUCUCUCUCUCCCUCCCUCUCAUGGGUCGUCUCCGUUCGAUGGCGAUCUGAGCUGGAAUGCGGUUGCUGGGGAGAUUGAGGUAACGGAGAGCAACCGAACAAGGAGAAGAAGAAACCCGGAAGAUAGCAGGAGGUAGAGAGAUUGCCCAGUAUUUGAGGUUCUCUUGAGGGAAGUGGGGAAGGCUGCAGAGGGAUGAUUUUGGGGGUUUGCACAAUUAGAUUGGACACAGAGCUCUUGUGAAGCGGAGCGAAACGAAGGAAGGGGGGAUAAUUAACAAGAACGGGGGAGAGAAGGGAGAAUCAGAAUGUCGACAAUGGAGGUUGUGGAUUCGUUCCUCUUCUCUCUCUCCAAGGCCUUCUCUUCUCCAAUUGCAAUCUUCAUUCAGAUCCAGGGAUGUCUGAUCUGCUUAAUUCUUUCCCUUGGAUGGGUCCUCGCCGCCUAUGUCAGGAAUAGGGAGAUUAAACAAAUGAAGGAUAGUGCUAAAGCCGGCAAUAGCUUUUCAUUCCUUUGCCAUGACAUUAACGAAUUGGAGCACUCUUAUCAGGCUAGCCUGCCGAGAGUGAGUGUCGUUAUGCCUUUGAAAGGCUUUGGAGAACACAAUCUUCACAAUUGGAGAAGCCAGAUAACAUCACUCUAUGGAGGUCCUCUAGAAUUUCUCUUCAUUGUAGAAAGCACAGAAGACCCUGCUUACCAUGCUGUGUCUCGCUUAUUAUCUGAUUUUAAGGAUCAUGUCGAAGCUCAAGUUAUUGUAGCUGGCUUGUCAACUACAUGCAGUCAGAAAAUUCAUAACCAAUUGGUUGGGGUUGAGAACAUGCAUCCAGAGACCAAAUAUGUACUAUUUUUGGAUGAUGAUGUCAGGCUGCACCCUGGAUCCAUUGGAGCUCUCACUGCAGAGAUGUUGAAGAACCCUGAGAUAUUUAUUCAAACGGGAUAUCCUCUAGAUCUACCUUCUGGUAGUCUGGGAAGUUACUGCAUCUAUGAGUAUCAUAUGCCAUGUUCAAUGGGAUUUGCAACUGGUGGAAAGACAUUCUUCUUGUGGGGAGGGUGCAUGAUGAUGCAUGCUGAUGAUUUUAGAUGCGAUCGUCAUGGUGUGCUCUCUGGACUUCGAGAUGGUGGCUACUCAGAUGAUAUGACUCUUGCAGCAUUGGCUGGGGCUCAUAAGCUACUAAUUACAUCACCUCCAGUUGCCGUCUUCCCUCACCCACUUGCUAGUGAUCUUAGCUUUUCGAGGUACUGGAAUUACUUGAGGAAGCAAACAUUUGUGCUGGAGUCGUACAUAUCAAGGGUUAACUGGAUAAUGAACCGAGCAUUGUUUUCUGUCCACUGCUAUUUGUCAUGGGGAUUUGCAGCGCCAUACUUCAUGGCUGUGGUUCAUAUUGCAGCCGCCCUUCGUAUUUAUGCCCAAGGGUAUGCUCGGGAGGAAACAGUUUUUGUUUCAAAAGGGUUGUUACUGGUUGCCUGUUUGGCAGCGUGCACAUUUGUAGAACUCUUCUCGAUGUGGAACUUGACAAGAGUAGAAGUUCGUUUGUGCAACAUGCUAUCCCCGGAGGCACCUCGACUCUCUCUUGGUUCUUACAAUUGGGUUCUGGUCUUCGUAGCUAUGGUGGUGGAUAACUUCUUAUAUCCAAUAUCUGCCAUGCGUUCCCAUUUCUCCCAAUCGAUCAAUUGGUCUGGCAUUCGGUACCACUUAAAAGACGGGAAGAUAUACAAGAUUGAUAGGAGCAAGGAUAUGGGUCCACUUUACACAGACUUGGGAGGGAAGCAUUUAGGGAAGAAAGGUGCUCCUCAGAAAGCCUCAUUCCUUGGCUCUCUGUGUAGAAGUUUGGCGCAAUGGAGACGUCCCAAGAAAUACGAUGUCUGAAGAUCAUCAUCAUUUCAGAAAGAGAUAGGAGUGUUUGUUUGAUUGGUUGAUUAAUUUGAUUCUUAGGGGGAUUGAAAAUUCAGUUCAAAAGUUAUAAAAAAGGAAGCAAUUCUUGGUGGGUUGGUUCUACAUGUUGUCCUAUGUGUUUUACUUCCAGGCUGCAGGCUAGGAUCAAGCUUAGUCUAUUUAUUGUUCAUUGGUUUUGGUCUCUUUCUAGGAGGAGAAAAGCUGUUAGUCUCAAUUCAAUCUGAAAUUUUAUUCAUCAAUCCAAUCUACUCAUUUUGUGAUGGAUUGGUUGUAAUUUUUCCAUAUCAUUUGUUUUGUAAUUUAUGUAGAUUGUUGUUAUGCAGUUGAAAGUUCAGAAGUGAGACCAACAAUUUGCUAGCAAACUCUUUAGUGGGUUCAUUGAGCAGGGGUUCAAAUUGUAGAUUUCAAACAAUGGCGGGCUUCUCAGUUCACUCGUGUAAUUGCUUGGCAGAGGAGGAAUACUCAUCGAGGCAGAUUCCCUUAUAAGAUGGCGUGGCAGCAGCAAGUUUCUCCCAAAAUUAUUAUCCUAUAGCUGCUGUAUUGCCGAAAGAUCCUAACGCAGCGUGAGUAAGGUGAUAAUGCUUGCUGAAAUAGAGAACCUAGAAGAAAGACUGAGUUCUAGUCUACUGUCUACAACUGAAUCUUUAUCUCCUCACUCAUGCGUACGACAUAACAUGCUGCAACUCGAGGAGUCAAGUAAUUGGAUCAUUAUCUUCUCAGUGCGAAAACGCUGCAGUGCAGUUCAGCAGCAUGGCCAGGAGAAGAAUCAAGUUGAUACAAAUAGAAUGUGCAAUGUGGUGUUAGAUGAAGCCAAACCCCAGGCUAAGAACUACUUCUCCAGCUCUCCAAUGCAGUAGUCCUCAAUCAAUUGAAAAGCUCCACCAGGAUGCUGCGACCCAUAAAACCCUUCGGUUGAAUCGCUUCCAGCAUUCGUCAGAAUAGCAUCACCACCGGGAUGUUCUUCUACAUACGAGGUAACGUCAAAAACCCUGUUCUUUACAAUGAUCCAACAAUCAGUUCUCUUGUCAUGCAAGGCGACCUCAGCUUUGCUGUACACUCCGUAUACCUUCUUUCUAUCGGCGGCAUUUGUUCGGUUCUUUUCUGUGACAGCAGAUUUUCGUGGAAUCAGAAACAAGGCUCCCAACAAGACGCCCAGAAUUAUCACCGCUACAGCUAUAACCAUUCUCCCGCGGCUUCACCUCCUCAACUCUGGCUGCAAGUCACCGCGGCGAAGGAAAGUUGUUUGGAAGGGCGGAAAGCGCGAGAAAGUUUCAGCUCUGGGUAUUUGAUCCGAACCCAGAUAGCAGAAGAAGAAAGAAAAAAAAGGAGCGAACAGUUCGAAUGUGCAGAACAGCCAGAGAGACAAACUAAAAACUAUAUGGGCCUGUUGAGUUUUGGGCCCAGAAGGUCGACCGGCAAAAAAAGUAACGGUCCAAUUUUGGACGGCCCGGCAGGCUAUGCGGGCUUGAG